AUGUUUUCUCCAAAUAAGUAUUUGGGUAGCAUAAGUGACAGAAACCAAGAGGAGAAACCAUGUGUUAAGACUUCAUCGUUGUUUAAAAACAACCCUGAAAUUCCAGAACUCCACAGACCCAUAGUAAAACAGGUGCAAGAGAAAGUGUUUACUUCAGCUGCUUUUCAUGAGCUGGGCCUCCACCCACACUUAAUUUCUACAAUAAAUACAGUCUUAAAAAUGUCUAGUAUGACCAGUGUUCAGAAGCAGAGUAUUCCUGCGUUGCUGGAAGGGAGAGAUGCUCUUGUGAGAUCCCAGACAGGCUCAGGUAAAACUCUUGCUUAUUGCAUCCCUGUGGUCCAGUCUCUUCAAGCAAUGGAGCCAAAAAUACAGCGCAGUGACGGCCCCUAUGCUCUGAUCCUAGUGCCAACGAGAGAGCUGGCUCUACAAAGCUUUGACACUGUUCAGAAACUGCUUAAGCCAUUCACCUGGAUUGUGCCUGGAGUGUUGAUGGGAGGAGAGAAGAGGAAAUCAGAAAAGGCCAGACUCCGCAAAGGAAUAAAUAUCCUUAUCUCAACUCCUGGACGUCUGGUGGAUCAUAUAAAAUCCACAAAGAACAUUCAUUUUAGUCGGAUACAGUGGCUGGUUUUCGAUGAAGCAGACAGAAUCUUGGAUUUGGGUUUUGAAAAGGACAUCACAGUGAUACUCAAUGCCGUAAAUGCCAAAUGCCAGAAACAACAGAAUGUCUUGCUGUCAGCGACACUCACAGAAGGUGUAACACGGCUAGCUGAUAUCAGUUUGCACAAUCCAGUCAGUAUUUCUGUUCUGGACGAAAGCCACAAUCAGUUUAACACAAAAGGCAAAGUGGUCCAGGAAGUCUCUCCUGCAUAUACUAGCGACAAACUGGAUGGCUUUGCAAUACCAGAGAAUCUCAAUCAGUACGUGACUUUGGUUCCCAGUAAACUGAGGCUUGUCUCCCUAGCGGCCUUCAUUCUUCAGAAAUGCAAGUUUGAGAAAGACCAGAAGAUGAUUGUCUUUUUCUCCAGUUGCGAGCUGGUGGAGUUCCACUACAGCCUCUUUCUGCAGACCCUGCUGAGCAGCUCAGGGGCUCCGGCAUUAGGGCAGUUACCAUCUGCCUCCACGCGAUUAAAAUUCCUGCGGCUGCAUGGCAACAUGAAGCAGGAGGAAAGAACAGCAGUGUUCCAGGAAUUCUCACAUUCUAAGAGAGGCGUCCUUCUUUGCACGGAUGUUGCAGCUCGGGGCUUAGAUCUCCCUCAAGUCACGUGGAUUGUUCAGUACAACGCACCAUCUUCACCUGCAGAAUACAUCCAUCGGAUUGGAAGAACCGCCCGGAUUGGCUGCCAUGGGAGCAGCCUGCUCAUUUUGGCUCCUUCGGAGGCAGAAUAUGUCAACUCGUUGGCUUCUCACAAAAUCAAUGUUUCUGAGAUUAAGAUGGAAGAUAUUUUGUCUGUUCUGAUGAGGGAUGAUUGUUUUAAAGGGAAAAGGUGGGGAAACCAGAAAUCCCAUGCUGCUGGCCCCCAGGAAAUCCGAGCUCGAGCCACAGUCUUGCAGACGGUAUUUGAAGAUUACGUGCACUCCAGUGAGAGGCAGAUCUCCUGGGCAAAGAAAGCCCUGCAGUCCUUCAUCCAGGCCUAUGCAACCUACCCCAGGGAGCUGAAGCAUAUCUUCCACGUCAGAUCCCUCCACCUCGGACAUGUAGCUAAGAGCUUUGGCCUGAGAGAUGCUCCCAAAAAUCUUAGUGUCGCCACUAGAAAGAAGAAGAAAGUGCCCCUGAAGAGGCCUGACCUUCGUACGAAGACCCAGAGUAAACACCGCCUUGCUGAAAUCUUACGUUCAGAAUACUCAAGUGGGCUGGAAGCCAGUGUCGCCAAGGUCAAAAAGCAGAACAAACGUGGAGAGCCUGGCCGCCAGCCCCUACAGCAUGGUGUGCAGCCGGCCCCUGCCUUGGCUGUGGGAAAGAAAGCAAAAACAAAGAAAACACCAAAAGGUCUUACGAAGGGACGGUGAAGCUUCCC